GGUCUGUAAGUUCGGAGGCGGCCGGAGCGCCGGGCUGGGGUGCGGGGUCUCUCGAAAUGGAGCCCCCUUGGGGCCCUGGAUCUGCUGGGACCUGCACUGGGAUGGGAGCCGAGAGGCUGGCCUAGGCCCCAGGGGACUUCAGGCGCCUCUGGCCCGGCCCACGCUGCGCCCCGCCCCUUUCCCUCCCUGGCUGCUGGAGCGGGGAUUCUGAGGAUGCCCGGGGACCACCUGCUGGGACCCCACGCGAGGCCCCCCGCAGUUAGCCGGGACCCCGGACUCUGGUGUCUUGUAGGAACGGAGCGCCAGAGUGGAGGCCUUGAGGAGCCUAGGGAGCCAGGGCUAGGCCUUUAGCGCCAGCCAUCGAGAAUCACGAGGAGGUCUGAGCUCCUCUUUCGCUGGGGUUCGCUGUAGUUCAGCCACUUACUGCAGCACCUUCUACAUUCCUGGCGUGAUGCCCGGAGCUUGGGAUUUGUAAGAUACCGGUUCAGUUUUCAGGUUCAGUCUUGGGGCCAUGUAUAAACAAGUAUGUGCUCCCGCUAUAUCUGUACCUGCCCAUCUAUCUGAUCAUUCGUAUCUGUAUGAGCUGUGUCAAGGGGGCAUGUGUUGGGAAGGCUUUAGAAAUAGAGUGGCGUCUGAAUUACCCCUCUUGGCGAGGAUGAAGUGUGGGAGAGCUCUUCAGGCAGACGGAGCAGUUGAAAUGCUUUGGAGUAAUGACAACAUAACACGUGUAGAGAAGAGAAGAUUGGGAUGGAGGAGACUGUGAGAGUAGACUGAGGUCCAAAUAGUGAAAGGUUUGAUCCUGAAGGUGAUGGAUAGUGUUUUUUUUUUAACGUUUUGAACAGGAGACUGAUGUGGUCAGAUUUUUUUUCUUAAUUUUUCUUUUAAGAUUAAUUUAUUUUAUUUGAGAGAAUUACAGAGAGAGGAGGAGAGAGACAGAGAGAACUUCCUUUGGCUGGUUCACUCCCCCAAAUGGCUGUAACAUCCAGGGCUGGGCCAAGCUGAAGCCAGAAGCCAGGAGCUUCAUCUGGGUCUCCCACACGGGUGCAGGGGCUCAAGGACUUGGGCCAGCUUCUGCUUUCCCAGCUGCAUUAGCAGGGAGCUGGUUCAGAAGUAGAGCUGUGGAGACUCAAACCGGCACCCACAGGGUAUGCUGCCAUCACAGAUGGCGGCUCUACCUGCUACGCCAUGGUGCCAGCUCCAUUGUUUUUUUCUUUUAAAGAUUUAUUUUAUCUAUUUGAAAGGCAACGUUACAGAGAGAGAGGGAGAUCUACCAUCCUCUGGUUCACUCCCCAGAUGGCAGCAACAGCCAGGGCUGAGCCAGUGCAAUGCCAGGAACCAGGAGCUUCCUCUUGGUCUCCUACAUGGUUGGUAGAGGUCCAAACGCCUGGACCAUGUUCCACUGCUUUUCCCAUUAUCCAGAAGCUGGAUCAGAAGUGGAGCAACUGAGACAUGAACUGGUGUCCAUAUGGGAUGCCGGCAUCACGGCUGCAGCUUUACCUGCUAGGCCACAGGGCUGGCCCCCAAGGUUGGAGAUUAUUUUGAAGAAGUAAUGGGAUGAGCCUUGUGAGAGGCAGUGAAGUCUGCAAUAGAGUUAAGACAAUGUUACUAGAAAGGAGGAAAGAAUUGUUGGCUUGAGAUAAAGUUGUCUGAACUACUCAAUUGUAUGUCCAUGGAUUAAAAGGUAGCAAGUCUCGGUCUUUGAUUGUGGCACUUGAAGAAUGGUAGUGCCAUGAUCAGAAGCAAAACUCGAAGGUUAGUAUAGAUUACAAAUUCAUCUUGAGGGGUGGGGAUUCUGUUGAGUUAAAGUCUAAGGAGAUGGCCACACAGAGCUGUUCAACGUAGGGCUGGAAAUGCACCUCUGGAGAUCAACCUAAACAUGGUGGCUAGAGGUAAAGGUUUGAGCUAUCAGCAUAAGGUGAAAGCCAUGGUGUGGGAAUAGCUGGCAUCAGGAAGGGAAAGCCGAGAAGCCAGUUCGGGGGUAGGGGUUACAUUUAGCAUAAAAUAAAAUUGGAACUAGUAGUCAAUAUAGUAGCAGAAACAGAGACACCAAAUCAAGUGUAAGGGUGUAGGUCCCAGCAAUCAUGAGAAAAGGAUUUUGAGAAGAGUCCAUAGAUCCACUUGUUCACAGCGACUAGGGAAUGAGAAAAAAGGGAUUGCAUUUCUUUGGUAAGAGAUGAUUAAUGUUUUUGUUUGUUUUUAAUCUUAGAGGCAGAGAGAGAGAGUGAGCUCCUGUUUUCUCAUUUCUCAAAUGCCAGCAGUGGGCAAGGCUAGACCAGGCUGAAGCUUGGAGCUGGGAACUUGCUCCAGAUCUCCCACGUGCGUGGCGGGAACCCAGUUACUUGAGCCAUUACCUUUGCUUCUCAAGUUCUCCGUUGGCAAUAGGUUAGCGUCAGGAGCUGAAACUGGGUCUCAAACCCAAGUGUACUGGAGUGAGAUGCAGGCGUCUUCACUGCUAAGCCAAACACCACACCUGUUAGUGGUCUUUUAACAAAUGAAGUGAUGAUAGAUUGGAGACUACAACUGAUUUGAUGUAAAAUGGGAAUAAGAAAAGGAUACAAAUGAAGGAUUUCACAAGGAAAUUGACAGGCUUUAUCUAUUUACCUAACACAUGGUUAGAGGUUGCAUGCUAGGCACUGUUCUAAUCUCUUUAAAAAGUUGACUCAUUUAUUUUUGAUAACAGUCCUAUGAAGUAAUAUAUAUAUAGUGAAAAAAAAAAAGUAGAUUCAUUUACCUGAAAGGCAGAGCACACAGAGAGAGGGAGAGGCAGAGAGACAUUUCCCAUCUCUUGGUGCACUUACCCGAAUGGCCACAGUAGCCUAGUCUGGACCAACCCAAAGCUGGGAGCCAGGAUCUCCAUCCUGUUCUCCCACAAGGGUGGCAGGGGUCCAGGUAUUUGGGCCAUCUUCUGCUGCCUUCCCGGAAGUAUUAACAGGAAGCUGGAGUGGAAGCACAGUAGCCAGAACUUGAGCCAGUACUCAUAUGGGAUGCCAUAUCUCAAGUGGCAGCUUAACCCGCUGCACUAGAACACCAGUCCCAGUGAUUUGACUGUUGAUGGGAAUAUUGAAGCUGAGUGAUUAAGAAACUUGUUGCCAAGAUCUCACAGCUAGUAAGCGCUUGAACAGGCUUUUGCUUUAGGAAGUAGGACUCUAUGUGUGUUUUCAAUUGUUGUGCUAUGAUGCAGUGACUGAAUGUGGACUAUAUUCAGUCAAAGGAGUAGAAUAAUUUUAAGCAAAGAUAGGCUAAUUGAUUAAAAAAAAAUGAAGAGACUUGGAAGGAGACUCAGGUUGGGAAGGUAAGUAACGGAUUUGUGUUUGUGUUUAUAUAUAAUCUUAAUUCCUAUUUAAAGUCUUCUACUCUUCGUUAAUUUAGGUUAAUUUGUUCUGAUCUCAUGCUUUCAUUUAUCACAUGGCAUUUAUAAUCGGGUCUUCUCUUUGGUUUCAGAGCGAUAUCUAACCAGCUGAUAGGUUUUCAUUUUGUCAUGCAGGCUUCUCUGGCUGAACACUUUUUUUUUUUUAUUUUAUUUUUUUUAUUUUUUGACAGGCAGAGUGGACAGUGAGAGAGAGAGACAGAGAGAAAGGUCUUCCUUUUGCCGUUGGUUCACCCUCCAAUGGCCGCCGCGGCCAGCGCGCUGCGGCCGGCGCACCGCGCUGAUCCGAUGGCAGGAGCCAGGAGCCAGGUGCUUUUCCUGGUCUCCCAUGGGGUGCAGGGCCCAAGCACCUGGGCCAUCCUCCACUGCACUCCCUGGCCACAGCAGAGAGCUGGCCUGGAAGAGGGGCAACCGGGACAGAAUCCGGCGCCCCGACCGGGACUAGAACCCGGUGUGCCGGCGCCGCUAGGCGGAGGAUUAGCCUAGUGAGCCGCGGCGCCGGCCUGGCUGAACACUUUUAAGACCAGACUCCUGAUCACCCCCUCCAGUAUUGCUUAGCCUAGGGAAUGAAACAUAAUCCAAGAUAUCAGUCACUUACACUGAAUAUCCUAGAGUCAUCUUGACACUUUUGUCUUUUAUAUAACUUUGGUCAGCAAGAUGAUCAGUUUUUUUGAAAUGUCUCUCAAAUCGGUUUCCUCUUUCCAUCUAUAUCAUCAUUGUCUCUAUUCAGGCUCUUGUCCCUUCUGGCUUGUUCUGUUAGAGUAAUAGCUUAUUAAAAGGCUGCUACGCCUCCACAUUCACUAUUGUAUAAACCAUUGUCCAUAAAUUUUCAUUUUUGAGUUACUAGUUUUCUUUUUAUUUAUUCAUUGUAAUUUAUGUGUUAGAGAGACAGAGUUCCUAUCCUAAUUCCUUCACUAAAUGCCCACAGUACAAUGCCUACUGUUAGGUCAGGACCAAAGCCAAGAGAUGGAAACUCAAUACAGGUUUCCCAAGUAGGUAGCAGACACCCAAUUAUUUGAACUUUCAUGGUUGCCUGUCUGCAUCUGUAUUGUCAGGAAGCUGGAUUCAGGAGCCGUGAGCUGGGUAUCAGACCCAAGUACUGCAGUGUGGAAUGCAGGCCUCUUAACUGCCAGCUGAAACACCUGCCUCAGUUUAUAGUUUUAGACAGUGCAGGGAUCUAGGUCUCCUACAUCUCCAGUGCUGGAGAAGUGAAAUAGAACAGGUAUUUUGUAGUAGCUUGAAUUGAGGUUACUUUAGUUAAGCUUUGCCAUGAGUAUAGGGAUUUAGAGAAGGUAGUAAAAUAUUGCGGAAGUAAGCAUUGAAAAAGCAUGGCAGACAAUCAAGGGCUGCGCUUUAGGGGCAGGUGUUUGGCUAACAGUUAAAACUCUGGUUCAGACUCCUAAAUCCCAAUUUGGAGAGCCUGGGUUUGAGUACUGGUUCAGCUCCUAAAGCAAGCUUCCUAUUGAUACACCUGGGAAACAGCAGGUGAUGGUUCAAGUUCCUGGGUGACCCUAAAUUGAUUUCCUGGCUCCUGGCUUUGAUUCAGUGAGGCCCAGCCAUUGCAGGAAUUUGGAGAGUGAAUCAAUGGAAGGGCACUCUCUUGGUCUUGCUCUCCCUUUCUGCCUCUCAAAUAAAUAAAAUAAUAAUAUUUUUGAAAAGACUGAGCUGUGAAGGUUUACACGCUUUAAUGAAGCUUGGGGGAAUAAUCCAAACAAUGGUGGAAAACUGCAAUCAGUAUUACCUAACUUUUCUACCUCUAUUCAACAGUUUAAAAAUAACUAGGGCAGGAGUUGCAGUGCAAUGGAUUAAGACACUAUUUGGGAUGCUCGCUUCCAUAUCAGAGUGCCUGGUUCAAUUUGACUCUUUCAUUUCUGAUCCAGCUUUCUGCUAAUGUGCCUGGAAGGCUACAGAAAUGGAAUUCCUGGCUUCCAGCUUCAGCCUGGCCUAGACCCUGCUGUUGUGGUCAUUUGGUAAUUGAACCAGAAGAUGGGGGAUCUUUCUGUGUGUCUGCCCUUCCCUGUCACUGUGCUAUUUUAUUAAAUAAAUAAACUUUUAAAAAAAAGAAUGAACUAGAUCUUUAUUAAUAUAAACAGCAUUCAAAAAUAAUAAGUAAAAAAGUUGCAAAGCAAUACUCAUGUAUGUCUGGUUUAUGUAUAAGAAACAUAAGUGACAGGGCAUAUAGAGGUAUUGUUUUCAAAAUGAUAGUAGAGAGGCCAGGAAAACUGAGUACUGAGUGGUAGGCCAUUGGGAAAAUAACUUUAUUGACAAUACUUAAAAAUUUUCUGGGAAAGAUAUGUUUCUGUAUAUUUUACUUAUGGCUUAAAGUCUAAACAAAACAAAACAGUGAGAACUUGGGAGAAUAUAAUGCAUGAAAGUUACCCAAAAGAGGAAGAAGAUUGAGGUUUACAGAGAAAGGCUCUUGUGUAAUACAAGCUCUUUGAAAGGGACAAAGAUUUCCAAGUAGUUGUAAGCAAAAGGCUGAAAGAUAAGGGUGCUUUUAUAAGUUAGAUGAGGAAACACUGAUAUACCUCUUCAGGGGUUAUUAUCCAGAAAGAGUUUUCCUUAUCGGUAAUUAUUAGGUCCAUUUGAGAUAAGGGACUUGGGUAUUUUCUCGCUGCUCAUAGUAUAGCAACAAACACUGUCUAAUCUGGAAUAUUCAUUAGUCAAUCCUUUUGGAUUACUUCUGUUUGAACAAUGGAAAAGAAGAGGUCAAAUUUGUUAUUAUUAUAAAGUAAUUAUGGAAGAACUGUGUAAAUACAAAGAGAAAGCUAUCUUAAGUGAGACUAUUCCUAUUACAUUGAUGUUUGAGAAAUUAGUCAUUCAAAACUUGCUAAGAAAAACUUGGCAGUAUUUAAAUUAAAUGUUGGUAGCCCAGGCAACAGAUAAGACCUGAGCCAUGGCAGAGAUAGAAAAAAGGGGAAUUUGAGAACCAUUCUGAAGAAAUCAACAGAAUAUAGUGAUUAAGUCUUUAUUUUUCUUUUCAGAAGCAACUAGGUCUUUAUUUUACUUGAUCAGUUUUUUUUUACUUUCUUUUCAAUUGCAAGUUCUAUAAUUCAGAAUUAUAUAAGUAAUCUUUAUGCAUAUUAUGAAUGAUUACUACUGUACUUAGAAGUUACAUUCAGUUGAAGACUCUGAAAUCAAAUAUAUUCAUAACUUCUACUUGCAAUUGGCAUUAUGUUUCAGUCCACAAAAAUAAACAAACAAAAGAUGAAGAAAGAACAAAGUCAAAAUAGAUGAGAAAGGAUGGUACAACAGGGUUUCUGGCAUAAAAUGCAAUAAGCAAUAUGGCUAAUUCACAAGUGGCUUACCAUAAAAGUCCUCUGUACUUGACAUAAAUUUGGCCAGAAGGUGCACUUUUUGUUCUCAAACAUAAACAUACUGAAGCAUAACUAGAAUACAUAAAAGUAUACAAUCACAACUGUACAGCUCAGUGGAUUUUCUUGGCCCACAUUUGUGAUACCCAAUAUGAGGAGAGAAAUCAGUUAACAUGGUUAAUAUUAUCCUUAACAUAAUGCUGCACCAAACCUAGUUGUUUCUUACAUAGAUUUUGGCAUCAAUCACCUUGGACAGAAAUUCUAGCUCACUUUUCCCCUAUAAUAGAUUCAGCAAGUUAUUUACUGUUCUCUAAGCUUGAGUGCCCUUAUGAAAAGCAGGGGUGAUAAUAAUAAUAAAACCCACCCGUAGAGAUUUUCAGAAUUAAAUGGGUCAGUUAAAGUAUUUAACACUGUAGUUGAAAUGUAGCAAGGACUCAGAAAGACUAAGUAUAAUUUCUCUUAUUUUUAGAUAGAAUUAAACCUGUUGCUUUUUAUUUUACCCAUAUUUAAAACAUAAAAUUGAAUUUUCACUUGUCAACACUAAUUUAGAAACAAACCCUAGAAUCAAAUUUCCCCCAGGGCACUCAAAAGAGGAUAUCAUGAUAAGGAAUGAUGUCUACCACAGCUCAAUAAUAAUUUCAUAGAGAACAUUAAGAGUUCAUUAUUCUGCUGGGUUUUGUUGAAUGAACUGUGUAAAGUGUAAGAAACGGUCCUUGUCAUCAAAUAACUGCCUAUUGGAAAGAGAAGCUAAUGAUAGAAAGUUAAGGGAUAAACUGUGUGGCCUGGAAAUAAAAGUUUAGCAAGGGGUGACAGUAGAGUGGGCUGACACGUAUUAGGGAAAAUUUCCUAAAUAAACAGAAUAAAUUUUCCUCACAUUCUUGGACUGCAGCAGGCAGAACAGAGCAAGCACCUUCCUGAGAUACCUGUUUGGCUGCUUCUGUUGGUCUGCCAAAAUGUCUGAAAGAUCAGAUCUCCUUCACUUCAAGUUUGAAAAUUAUGGAGAUUCAAUGUUACAAAAAAUGAACAAAUUAAGAGAAGAGAAUAAAUUUUGUGAUGUUACAGUUCUCAUAGAUGAUAUUGAGGUACAGGGGCAUAAAAUUGUCUUUGCUGCAGGUUCCCCCUUCUUAAGAGACCAGUUUUUACUGAAUGAUUCCAGAGAGGUGAAAAUCUCCAUAUUACAGAGUUCUGAAGUGGGGAGACAAUUGCUCUUAUCCUGUUAUAGUGGUGUGCUGGAAUUCCCUGAGAUGGAACUGGUAAAUUACUUGACUGCUGCAAGUUUUCUUCAAAUGAGCCACAUUGUAGAACGAUGUACGCAGGCCCUGUGGAAGUUUAUAAAGCCAAAACAACCAAUGGAUAGUAAAGAGGGAUGUGAACCGCAGAGUGCUUCUCCCCAGGCAAAAGAACAGCAGGGAGAUGCCAGAGGCUCCCCAAAGCAGGACUCACCUUGUAUUCAUCCAUCUGAAGACAGUAUGGAUAUGGAGGACAGUGAUAUUCAGAUUGUUAAGGUAGAAUCUAUUGGGGAUGUAUCAGAGGUUAGAAGUAAAAAAGAUCAGAACCAGUUUAUUUCUUCUGAACCCACUGCUUUACAUUCAUCAGAGCCCCAGCACUCCCUGAUAAAUUCAACUGUGGAAAACAGAGUAAGUGAAAUAGAACAAAACCAUCUCCACAAUUAUGCCCUCUCUUACACAGGCAGUGAUAACAUCAUCAUGGCCUCAAAAGAUGUCUUUGGGCCUAAUAUUCGAGGUGUAGACAAAGGCCUACAGUGGCAUCACCAGUGCCCAAAGUGUACCAGGGUGUUCCGUCACCUGGAGAACUACGCCAACCAUUUAAAAAUGCACAAACUCUUUAUGUGUCUACUCUGCGGCAAGACUUUCACUCAGAAAGGCAACCUUCAUCGACACAUGCGCGUACAUGCCGGAAUUAAACCUUUCCAGUGUAAAAUCUGUGGGAAAACCUUCUCUCAGAAGUGUUCCUUACAGGAUCAUCUUAACCUUCACAGUGGAGAUAAGCCCCAUAAGUGUAACUAUUGUGACAUGGUUUUUGCACAUAAGCCAGUUUUGAGGAAACACCUUAAACAGCUGCAUGGCAAAAACAGCUUUGAUAAUGCCAAUGAGAGAAAUGUGCAAGACCUCACGGUGGAUUUUGAUUCUUUUGCAUGUACAACAGUCACAGACUCUAAAGGGUGUCAGCCACAACCUGAUGCAACACAGGUCCUGGAUGCAGGUAAACUGGCCCAAGCUGUCCUGAACUUAAGGAAUGAUAGUACUUGUGUGAAUUGAGGAGGGGCUUCAUGCUCAGAGCUAGAGCUGACCGAGAAGGUGGCAAUAGGCUGAGUCUUUUUAGGAGUGAUUUUGCUAGUUCAACUUCUCCAAAGCCUCUGUACACAGGUGGUAGGGGACAAGUCAAAGCACUAAUAGGCCAGGCAACUCCCCACUUGGAGUGGUUUUGCCUUCCUUUUGUCCUCUCCUGUUUUCAGUUUUUGAAUUAUUUAUCCUGUGAUGUCUGUUUUCCUUUCCUAAGGAAUAAUUCCAUUUGUCUACCUAAUGUCGACUUAUGUCUUAGACUGACACUAUUUUAGGCCUUUCAUCAGGCACAUUCCGAAGGUACCAACAAGUUAAUAUGCCUAAUUUUCUUUAAUAGGUGGUAUGCUGAGAGAAAUGAAUAGUAAUUUUGGGGGGCAGAGAAGAGGCUAAGAUAUGAAGUGAUAUUGCUGUUGACUUAAAUAUGUGAUAGAACUAUCUGGUUGCCUAUUGAUAAUUCAUACAUGUCUGAUAAAUGAAUGAAUCUGCUUCCUACCAUUUGUAUUUGUCUUGGAGCUGGCUAUAAAGAAGUAUAUUGGUUUGUUCUGUACUGUUUCCAACAGUAUUGUAGCCCAACUUCAUUUCAUUGACAUGUUCACAUAGAGCAGAGGACAUUAUUUUUAGCAACACCUGCAAACAGAUAGACAUCACCAUGAGGAGAAAAAUCAACAAAGGAUAGAAAUAUAAUUACACAACACCACAUAGGAUGUUUUCCUGAUAGCAGUCCCACCAAGAGGCCAGAUGCUUAUUCUUAGUAUGUAACUUUCUUGUUGAUGGGUGUGAAAUCAAGAUUGCUCUAGGCUAUGGUCUCUUUAAAAACCAUCUGUUUGGUGGUCUCUGAUGUUAAUUUCACAGUCCAGCUAUCAGAACGGUGAGUUUGGCCCUUAAUUAGAAUCUUCUCUGGUGUGCUGUAGGAAUCUGUGAAUUUCCAUUUUCUGGUGUACCUUCUGUCUUGGCUGGAAAGAGUUAAGCCUCACACAAAAGGGGCAAUCAGAUGUUUGCAACAAGAUACUCAUCUUAAAGGCACACUGUCCCACCUUGACACCUUUUAAAUAUUGCUAGUAGAAAGUUGAUCUUCAAUACAGCAAAACAAAAACAGCUCUUUUCCCUCAAGGACAUUAUACUUCAGAUUUAAAAUUUUAAAUCUUAUUGCUGACUCAUGAGUUUGAUAUAGGUAAUAGAAGUGUUAACAGUCCUUUGAGAAUCUUAAUAGAGCAUUAUUCUACUUUUUUCAUUUAAGUUCAGGCAUUCAAAGCACAAAGAGGUGGCCUGACCAAGAGUGGCAAUAGUAGAUAAGUGACUACUUAGGAGCUGGGAUCUCCUUCUCAAUAUCCCUUGGCUUAAAAAGUUUUAGUAUAUGAUGAAGAAUGAUGUAGUAGCAAGAAGUUCCCAGUUGGCACUUGACCUUUGUAUCUCCCUCGUGGCUUUCAGACAGCCUGCAUUUUGCCAACAAAAUACCACAGAGGUAUAGUCAGAUGAGUUUCACACUGUUCUCAAGCAAGUCACUGACUUAACUGUGUGUUGGUUAGGGAGGGAAAGAGCAAGUAAGAAUAAUGUGAUAAGGAUCCAAAUGUGAAAUUGAUUUUGUCUGGGAAACAAUGUUUACAUAGUUAACAUCAGGGUUUUGUUUUAUCAUUUUCAGCUGUGAGAGUGUAUGCACAAGUAACCCCAAAAUUAGGCUUAAUUUGUAUAGUUGGAGGAAAUUCUUAAAUUUUCAAUGUGAUACAUUUACAUGUAAGUCAGAUUUUAAGUCUGAUUGCUAUAUUUUGUUCAAUUAUUUCAAAUGCAAAUACAUGUACAGUUGAAUUGGUAAGACCAAUAGGUACCUUAUAUCCAUCACUCAUUCUGUGCUUCCUAGCAUUCUGAUUUUCAUAUGAUCCAGCCAAAGAGUACCAAUACUAUACAACAGUCUCUGUCAUGUAAAUCCGUGUUUUUGGCAUUCUCUCAAAACAUCAUCUCUUCACAGGAAAGUUUCAAGUUUGGAGUGCUUCCCUUGCUCAUAUUCAUGUUCUGUUUGUGUUACUGGUUUGAAGACUAAAAGGCACGAGUUCAAAUAAGAUUGGUCUCUUUGGUUGGAGACUAGUUCUGGGUUCAUUCAGGUAUUCAAGAAACAUUGAAUACGCACCUACUGUUGCCAGGCACUAUGCUAGAUACUGAGGAUAUGAAGGUAAGAUUGAUAACAGUCCUGCCCUCAUGGAGCUCAUAGUCUCAUGUGGUCUUAGUGAAACAAGGUCUCAAUUGUGAUUUUAUCCUAGGAAUAAUCAAACUGCCUUGCUUUGAUCAUUUAAAAUCAGUAUUUUUAUGGUUUUUAUAUCAACAAAACUUCAUUCUCACUGUUUGCAAAUGCAAACCACUGAUUUUCAGUCUCCUCCAUUUCUUGGCUGGAGAAGUGUUCUGUUUCUGUGAGACAUUUUCUAAUUUUGGUGGGACUUGACUUUUCUCCUUCUUUGCAUACAUGUUUUUAGAUUAUAUUGCAAAGAGAUCUCAAGUUACUGGCAUUAUCAAGUAUGUUUUGUAGGGGAAGAUGACUUUAAAACUAGUCAUAUUCCUGUAGAGAAGGAAGAUAUUUUUAAAACCUUAGUCUUCAUUUGUAUUUGUAUUUUGUGGAUCCACAGUAUAAGUAAAAAGGAGAAGAGGACUCUCUUCACCAUAGUUUGGUUUUUUAAAACAUUACUGUUUCACACUUAUUUAUUUAUUUAAUUUUGAAGACGAACUCCAAACUAAAGUGGCUCUGAGGUAUACCAGAUGUGAUUUUGUUUGACUACAUUAGAAGAUCUAUAUGUGGAAGGUGACCAGUGUCACUGCUUCUAAAAUAUUGUCCUAAACAAACCCAGAACAUUUUAUUUCAGCUCGUGAAUAGCUGUUCUAAAUCUGUUGUAUGUUAGACAUACUAUGAACUACCUCUUCACUUAUUAUGGGGAAGUUUCCUUAAUAAAAGUAUGACAGUUAAAA